CCGCCGUCUGCCAUUGCCAACAGGCCUGUUAUUUCGCGCGGACGGCUGUAACCCUAAAUCUAAUCGGAAGUAGCCAACGAGGUCUUGGUCUUGCGGAGGGGGAUUGAUACAUGAACGUGAGUGACUCAGUCUGGAGACGCGCUGAUGACAUACGCGCUGUCGAUAUUGUCACAUUAGCGACAAACAAUCCCCACGGAAUCCAUCCCUCUCGAAAAACACAUAGCGAGGAAAGGAAAUCCUUCGCCGAGCUUUUCGAUUUCCAUUGCAUCUUCAUCUCGACGGCGGGAUCCAAGUUUGUUCAUCGAAAGACGCAUAGACAACACCAAACAACUACUCCUCUGGCAACCUCUUACUAUCCUCAGUACCGAGGAAAGUGUACGAAAGAUUUGCAGGAACUUUACCGAAAUGCAUACCCUCUUCAUGCAACAAUCAAUGGCCGCGGGAGGUGCUUCUUCAAUGCACUCUGGAGGGAUGGCAACUGCAGGCGUGCUCCCGCGACUGGGGGAUGUAGAUGGUAGAGUUUCUGGUUGUAGCAGGAAGAAUAGUCGAGAUAGCAUCGACGAGUAUAGCCAGAGCAUUGGGCGCCCUUCACAGCCGAGGUCGGCUGGCGGGCACCGAAGGAGCAGAGCGGUGUAUAGCCGGGAAAACGACGACUCAUUUUGGACUCCCGCUGCUGGCACGAAAUAUCAAUUGGGGUCAAAGUCGCGGCGAGUAUCGACCUCGUCAGCCGCAUCGGCCGUCGACGAGGGAACCGGGAAUGAACGAAGCGUGCCUCCCGCCAACUUCCUCGCAUCUCAGCUACAACUGCACGGCAGGUCGGUUCAUGGCCGGCAUCUUCGGCAACAAUACUCACAGCACCCUGGCGCUUCUUCCAAUUCGCGACCCGACCACCAACCCUCGUUCAAACUACCGCAAAUUAUCGCCGUUGGACCAGACCAAAGCCAGCACUCUCUCUAUCAGAAUAAUGGCCAAGGAAAUGGGAUUUUCACUACCCCAGUAGCAGCAUUCCGACAUACGCAUAACUCACACAACUCCAGCGGUAGCUUCCCACCACUACCACAAGCAUCGAUGUUAAUUCGAUUACACCAAACUCGUCAAGAACAUCCGCCAGAUACUAGAAGACAAAAUGAUACAAAUGGUGGAGGGGAUCUAGAUGUCACAUCUACAUCUUCUAGCCCCGUUCCAACAGAAAAGCUACCGCAUAUUACGCAUACCCAUUCGCCAAGCACCAUACAUCAGCAACCACCAGGCACACCCCUACGCCAGAUUCAAAACAUCCGAGAUCAUCACGCACAUUAUCAGCAUAGCACACACAAAGAAGCAUCUUCAUACCACGCAGAGUCCCCAAGACCGAGUGAACCAACGACAAAAGCAAACACCGCAUUAUACCUGCCGCCAUUACAGCCAUCAGCAAGGAACUUCCUUUACUCUCAAAACCCCAACAACACCCACAUCCCACAACAUCUUCCAACACAUCAAGCCCAUGGACUCACACAUGGCCUUUUUCCCGCACCUCCUCCAUCGCGCCGACCAAAUACCAGGUCGCCAGGACCACGGCGAGGAGGACAUGCGAGACCGACGAGCGGGCUGAAUGAUGCUGUCGUCGGUCAUCAGCAGGCUGGUGUCGAGAACACCCUCAUGUUCCCGGCCUUGUUUCCUGGCAUUGCGACCGCGUCAACGCUGCACAAUCAUCCGCGCAGCCCAGGCAGCAGGCGAUUGCCAGCAGUUCCUCCGCAGAGAAAUGAAAGGAGUCAUGCAUUGGAGGUGGAAAGUUCAAGAAGAUCGUAGGAGAAGCGUAAGCAUCUUCCCACUCUGGCCGGAUAUCCUGCUUGAAUAUGUGGUAGAGCGAACCAUGGAGUAAGCCCAACGUGCGAGGCUUGCUGUUCAAGAAGAUCGUCGAAGAGCGCGUUUGCUGCCUGCGCAGAGGACGAAGCGAACGUGAAAAAAGCACACUAGAGGACAGAGCUGCCGCCCGAGCUUUUCCAUCCAUGAAUUCGGAGUCAUCGGGAGUUCGUAGGCGAUUUUA